CACAUUUGAAUUUUACUCCUUCACGAGAAAAGAGGGUGCCCCAAUCUCAGGCUUCUUUUACGGUACUUAAGAAGCAACAAAGUGACCCUGUUAUGAAGCUGCCGCCGCUACGGCAGCCUAACACCGCCCCUCUCCCUCAACAACAAGUCUUCCAUUUCCAUCAGCAGCUACAAUUCCAGAGAUACCUCGGCUCCGUAGGGUGUCCAUCAAACAAUGGAAUGCAACAGAUUAUGCGACCAGGGCAGUCCACCUCAGGCAGUGGCUACAUGGAUAUUCAAAAGAAACAUGGACUAUCAAUUGGUAUCAGAGCCGAUCGAGAGCCGAUCAGAAGAACGCCUGCAGAAGACCUCUGUUAAUCUUUACGUUGUUCUUUCUGUCGAUUUUUUACUCUGUAAUCUUGUUUCUUGUUAAAAAGUUGUAAAAGUUACACCCUUAGAAUCGUCGUUUCGAAGCGAUCACGGGGUAUACUUCAGAUUUCGUUUUCUGCAAUUUCUGUACUUGAGAUAUUUCGAGUAGCAUAUGUCGAC